AUGAUGAAACCGGCACUGAAGCUGAGAGCAGGAGACAAGCACUGUCUAGUUGCCCGCUCAAAAUGUUACCUGAAACUUGGAGACACAGAAAAUUCCCUGAAAGAUGCUGAAGCUUCUCUCCAAAAUGACAAAACAUUCUCCAAGGGACUUUACCAAAAAGCUGAGACAUUAUAUACCAUGGGUGAUUUUGAAUUUGCGUUAGUGUUUUAUCAUCGAGGCUACAGACUGCGUCCAGAACUGCAGAAGUUCAGGCUGGGUAUCGAGAAAUCCCAGGAGGCAAUUGUCAACUGCAUUGGAAGUCCAUCCUCAAUUAAACUGGAGAAUAAAGAGGAUCUGUGCUUUAUAAGCAGGCAGGCAGAGAGCAAAAAAGCAAAUCAGAAACUCCAAAACAAAGUGACUAAGGAUCAGAAAUGGACAAGGAAACAGCCUGUGAGGAAUCCAAAAACAGAGCGACAGCUUCUUGGAGAGCUUUAUGCUGACAAGGCCUACCUAGAAAAGUUGCUCAAGGAUAAAGAUUUGAUGGAGAGCAGCACAAAGCAGGGGAUCAAAGUAGCGGACCUGGUUUUGAGUGGCAUUUCCUACCUGGACACACGCAGUGAAUUCUGGCAGCAGCAGAAGCCUAUUUAUGCCCGUGUGAGAGAGCGCAAGCUCAGGCAGCAAAGGUGGAUCCGGGACAAGAAACGAAAACCAGCUGAGGUUGGCAGAUACAUUGUGAAGAGCAUGGAGGACAUUGAUAUGUUGCUGACUGGCGACUCCCCUGAAGAAAGCUGCAAGAAAGCUGAGCGUGUGCUAAAAAGAAUACAAGGGUGGUCAGAUGAUGAAGUUCCCAACAAGAAUGAACUGAUUGGAAACCUCCACAGCUGCAUCGGGAAUGCUCAGUUAGAGAUGGGCCAGAUGGAGGCAGCUCUGCAAAGCCAUAAAAUGGAUCUGGAAUUUGCCAGGCAGAACGACCUGCGAGAUGCCGUAUCCAGAGCCCUUGGUAACGUUGGCAGAGUUUAUGCCAGAAUUGGCAAAUUCCAGCAAGCUAUUGACACUUGGGAGGAGAAGAUUCCAAUGGCAAAAUCCAGCCUGGAGAAGACCUGGCUGUUCCAUGAAAUUGGCCGAUGUUACCUCGAGCUGAAUGAAGCUGGAGCAGCCCAAAAUUACGGACGGAAGUCCCUGCAGUCAGCAGAUGAAGAGGGAGAUGCUGAGUGGCAACUCCAUGCUACUGUACUCGUGGCACAAGCACAAGUAAAACUAAAGGAUUACCGGUCUGCAAUCAUGAACUUUGAAAAAGCACUUGAGAAGGCAAAGCUUAUUCACAAUGAAGCUGCUCAAAAGGCCAUCAUUAUUGCCUUGGAUGAUGUGAGCAAAAGCUUCAUUGAAGAGCUGAACAAAAGAAGAGAAGAACCGACAGUUUACUCUCUUAAAGAUUAUGACUUCAGCAGUGAAAACACAAAAGACGACUUCGAGAAGUUCAGAGAGAGAGAGGAAAGUGAACAAAGCGCAGAGAAUCAAGACGGCGAAAAGCAAAAAGAAGAUGCCAGGAACUCUAAAGAAGAACACGGGAACAGUAAAGAAGGGGGAAACGAACAAGAAAAUAAAGAGAAGGAGAGCAAAGGGGAAGAGAAGAGACGAGGCAGGAAGGAGGAGUAG